AUGGUAUCCACCACGCAAUCCACGGCCUCCAAGCCCAAACCCGCGCAAUCAGGCAUCGUCCGACAAUACCUCCUGGCCUACAAUGCCGUCAACUUUUUCCUCUGGUCAACACUGACAUUCCGUACGCUCCGCCUGCUCAUCAACCAGGCCAUCGAGAACAGCCUGGGAUUCGAUGUUCCCGCCAUCUUUGCCGAAACCUACACGCCCUUGCUCCAAGUCACGCAGUCACUAGCCCUUCUCGAAAUCCUCCACAGUCUCAUCGGAUUCGUGCGCGCGCCGCUCUUCACCACCGCGCUGCAGGUCGCGAGUCGCAUCUUCCUCGUCUGGGGUGUCCUUUACCCUUUCAAUGAGAACAUCAUCGGCUCGGACAACAUUGGCGAGUACGCGUACCUUGGAUGCUUGCUGGCGUGGGGAGUGACAGAGUGUGUCCGGUAUGGGUUCUUUGUCAUGCAGGUGAAUGGAGGGAUUGAGACUGUGCCCUCGUGGUGGCAGUGGAUGAGAUACAAUCUGUUUUACGUGCUCUACCCUAUUGGGAUCAGCAGCGAGUGUAUCUUGUCCGUGAGGGCGCUGCCGAAUGCCGAGCAGCUGCACCCGGUGUACUGGUGGUUCAUCGUGGUUGUUCUGGGUAUCUAUGUGCCUGGUUCGUACAUGCUGUACACGCAUAUGAUCCGGCAGAGACGCAAGUCUUCCAAGGCCAAGAAAGACCAAUAG